CGCGCUGUGACAUGUUCUCGUUCUUCAUCGACCUUUUUUGAUUGUGUUUUAUUUAAAUCAUCAGAGGCGUUUCCCGGUUGAAGCAGCCGCCCUCUCGUUCCUUUCCACCACACGCGCGCUCUAGGUACCAAGGAUACCCAGAUUUCUUCGAGUUGACCUCGGCCAUACAUCAACAUCAUUCACUCACGGGAGAACGAGCAAUAUCCAAGCCUCCGAGGUAGAAAACAAUGCGGACCCAGUAUCUCUCGGUUCUCCUCCUCAGCGGGCUGGCCGCUGCGUGCCCCAAGGGGUCCCGGCAAGCAACGACCACUGCUGCCGCUCCCGCUGCGACCACGACCGCGGCGGCAGCCGGAGCCGGAAGCACCUUCGACAUGGCUGCGGCCGUCAGGGCCAUUAUGCCGUCGUCCGGCUCGUGUGCCGGCGCUCAGUUCCCCGACGAGUGCCGGACGGCCGACCAGGCUGCGCCAUUCAUCGCCAAGGCGUGCGAGAGCUUGAGCACGGCCGAGUGUGCCGCCACCGUUGCCCUGAUGGGCCUCGAGAGCGUCGACAUGAAGUUCAAGCACAACGUCAGCCCCGGCAGGCCAGGCCAGGGCACGGCAAACAUGAUGAUGCCGAAUUUCGUGUCCGAGUACGCCACCGACCUGUUCGGCGCGGCCAAGGUGGCGGGCAAGUCGCCCAACGACGUGCUCGCGCUGGUCACGCCGGACGAAUACAACUUCGGCUCGGCCGCGUGGUUCCUGACCACCAAGUGCACCGCCGACGUGCGCAGCUCGCUCAAGACGGGCACCGACGCCGGCUGGAUCGCCUACAACAGCAACUGCCUCGGCGUCGACGGGACGCUCUCGGAGCGGCUCGCCUACUGGAACCGGGCCAAGACGGCCUUCAACCUCUAGAUAGAUAGUUCACGCGCAGAGGGCUGGUCCCGCCCGGCCGUGUUGAUUUGAGCCAGAGUAUGCGAUGGAUUUUUUGCUCUUCUCUUCGAUUACAUACACUACUAGCAGGUUUUACGUGGUGAAAUGGGCAUGAGUGCUC